UUAUCAGCUGUCAAGUGUCAUUUGAGGUGUUUAUGUCAUUGGUUUAUUACCACAGUUUUUAUGUUUACAAUUUUUUCAUCUAAAUUUUUCUCUUUUUGAAUAAUUUGUUUUCUGAAAAUAUUAUUGGUGACAACUAAAAGGAUUAGGCCGAAGAGUGUAGUUCCAGCUAAUAGCCAUUAUUUAUAAAGGGUCAUGAAUAAUUCAGCGGCAAAAGUUGGCGAAAUUUUUACUGAAGCAGGUGCAGCAUUUAAUAAGCUAGCAGAAAUGACCAUGUUACUACACCCACUUGCAGAAUCGACACCUAGUGUGCAGCAAAAGACUCCAGUGAAGAGGAAAUUGGCUGACGAUCGAGCAGCAGCUGGUUCUGCAUCAAUGGUACAAGCCCAACAUAACAUACAUAACCCUGUAUCACAACAGGUUACACUGAAUAUGCUGAAUGCUCAGGAAACAGAAAUGGAUGUGGACACCUUAGGCGGAGAUGUCAAAUUAGAAUUUGAAUCUAGCACUGAAGAAGUUGCAACUUAAAUGUAUGUUCAAUGAUCAUUUCUCAUAUUAUAUUCAGAAUAUAUCUCAAACAUUAUUGUAUUUUAUCUUAAGUAAAUGUGUAUUUAAUUAGUGAAUAGAAUUUUAGUUAUUGCAA